GGUCGGGACGAGAAAUCCCAAUGUCAACCUUGCCCAAUCGGAAAGUAUUCUGGAACUCUUCAACAGCAGUGUAUCAAAUGCAACCAGUCCUUAACAACCGUCGGAGAGGCCGCAACUCACUGUGUUCCUGAGGGACCAUGUAAAGACAACACUUGUAAUGGACAUGGAGAAUGCCUGGUCAACAAGGCAGACUUCAAACACAUCUGCGUGUGUCGUUUCGGAUAUUUACCCAGCGAUGACUGCGAUGCACCAGCAGUGUACCUGAUCUUGAUGGCUUCUCUCGUUUUUGCCACCACCCUUACCACCCUCGUCAUAGCUCUUAUUCAGUUCCUGAGAAAGAGAAGGGCUCUGAAUGCAAAGGAAAUUGAACUCGUCAAUACCAAUCGUGACCUCUACCGCUCCAACAGAAAGCUCAGUCAAAUCAACCAUGGCACGUGUAUUGCCUGGUCUGAUCUGAAGAUUCAGAGACAACUUGCCGAGGGAAGGUUUUGUAAAAUGUUACUUGCUGAGUUGGGAGAUAUGGCAGUUGCUGUUAAGCGACUUCCACCGUUUGUUUCAACUGCAUCGCCAUACGACUCCUUCAUUCAAGAGGCGGAAGUUCUACGAACAUUAAGCCACCCAAAUAUAGUUCUAUUCCUUGGGGCAGGAAAGGAUUCGCAAUCCAGGUGUCCAUUUCUUGUGAUGGAAUACUUGAUGCGAGGUUCUCUCUGCGAUGUUCUCCAUGAUCCGUCCAACAAGAUUGACCAACCAGAUCGACUGCGAUUCUCCCUGGAUGCUGCAAGAGGUGUGAGGUAUCUGCACAACAGAGAUCCACCCAUGAUCCACCGUGACAUCAAGUCAGGCAACAUGCUAGUCAGUGACAAAUGGGUGGUGAAGAUCGCCGACAUGGAGACAGCACGAUUCCUAGCCAUACUUCAUCCCGACGGUAUUGGGUCAAAUGCUAGGGAAACAGAAUUCAUGCAGGAGAGAGAUCACUCGACACGCACGGUAUCAGAUACAACACAUCCUGAUCAACUAAAAACUCCAUUAUUGGGUGCUACCAGUGUCACAUCUGAUGUGGAUCACACUGAUGACGACAGAGCUACAAGAGCAACCGAGGGUAUGACGUCACGCAUUGGAAUGACGUGUGGAGUUGGUACAGAUCGCUGGCGAUCACCUGAAUCCAUCAAGAAGAAUCUGUACACGGAGAAACACGAUGUCUACAGCUUUGGCGUGGUUAUGUGGGAACUCUCAACUCGACAGAUACCUUAUGCACACCUCAGCAACUCUGACGAUAUCCUGGAUGAAAUAGCAGGUGGCACCAAGCCCAUCUUUCCACCAAACAUACCCUAUGGGUAUCGUCACAUCGCUGAGCAGUGUAUCAAGACAGAUCUACAGGAGAGACCGUCAAUGCAGCGCGUUGUCCAAGAGUUGCUGUCACAAAUUGAUCGCAACUGAUGAACGGCGCCACCAUCAUACGAAGCAAUGCACACCGCAAUUCACAACGUUCACAGAUUUCCUUAACUUCGGCCAAUGAGAUAUUUCCCAGUGCAUUCCACGACACCAGCACAAAUUUGAAAUUUAGAGGUAUGCAGUACUACGAACACUUUGCUUCACACGUACAUUUUGUCACCUUUCGAACUGCUCAUUAUUCGGGUAACAAGCUGGUCCAGCCAGUGCAUGCAGUACAUUCAGCACUCUGCAGGCCGCUGACUAAAUCCGGCCCAACACGAUCUCACAAACAUGCAAAUCAACUUACAUAAUGUCACGUACUUAGCAGAUCACACCUGGCCCUUGUCAACAUCU